GGUUUAUUUACCAAAUAAACGAUUACAGUGAUUUACAGAUAGCAGGAGUCCGAGUCAGUCUGAAAGAUGAAUAAUCGGCUUCAAAACAACUAGGCUGCCUACACUGUCGGUUUCUAUUUUUGUCUUGCUGUAUAGCCUUUAUCUGAGCUCUACAGUGAUACACUUGAUCUAAUAAAGUCUGAGGAAGUAAACUGAGGAAACGCUAAUGAGGAAAUUCUGAGAUAUUCUGAGAACAGUUUUUUUUUAUCUCCAUAAAGGUAAUCUGACCUGAAGGUUUCUGUUUGGCUACGACAAAUGCACGGAUAUUUAAUCGCCGAGUCAGUUUCUGAUUGGUUGUCUGUUGCUAAACAUCUCGCCGAUACAUUUUAACAACCACGUCGUUUACUGUAGUACACCUUUCGCAUGGGGUUAAAUUAUGACCAAAGGUUAAAAGCUGCGCGAACACAUUGGUGAUCUUCUUAACCCGAGAUUUAAAAGACGUUAUCACAGUGUGCUCACUAUCAAAAGCUCUUCUUUAAAUAGUUUAAGGCAAGGAUGAAGUGAUACCUGCAUCACCUGAGCGCUGGGUACACAGCGUACGUCACGCAUGAGGGGCGGGGCUUAUGAAGAGCUCCCGAACAGUUACACACACAGGAGCCAGAGCGACGCCCGCAAACACCAAGCGGGCUCCAGCGAGCGAAGCGCAACUCUCCGUCCCGGUUGAACCCGAAGUUUAACUGAGAAUGUCUUUGGGUGACCAGCAGUGGUAUCCCACCAGCGUUCAGGUAACGGUGCUUAAAGCGCGGAACCUGCGGAUCAAGGGCAAGAAUGGCACGAACGACGCCUAUGCCAUCAUGCAGGUGGGCAAAGACAAGUUUUCCACCUCGGUCGCGGAGAAAUGCGUCUCUCCUGAAUGGAAGGAAGAAGCGACGUUCGAUCUGCCGCUGAUCCAUCAGGGGGACGCGGAGCGGUGCACGCUCUACAUCAUCGCCAUGCACCGAGCCCUAGUGGGGCUGGACAAGUUUUUGGGACAGGCUGUCAUCAACUUACUGGACCUCCACGCCAACAGAUCACGCAAAAAGACCGACUGGUACAAACUGGUGGAUAAGAAUGGGAAACAGGAGAAGGACCGAGGGGAAGUUCUUUUGGACAUUCAGUUCAUGCGGAAUAACCUGACAGCCAGCAUGUUUGACCUCUCCAUGACAGACAAGCCUCGCUCCGGCAUCGGCAAGCUCAAGGAUAAAAUUCGUGGCAAGAAGAAAGACGGCCUGUCGGAUUCCGCCUCUGCGAUCGUGCCCUCUUCAGUGGGAACAGACAGUGAAGGGGAAGGAGAAGGCAGUUCAGACAAUCCUAAGAAGAAAUCAAAACUCAAAUCCUUGUUUGGACCAAAGACAAACCUCCAAAGGAAUGUGUCCCAGUCCAUGUCAACCCUGGGCACCCUGCCUGAGAAGAACAGUUCACUCAGCAGCAGCAGAUCUUCCGGCCUUAAUAUGGACUCUCCUGAUGUGAAAAAGAAGUUUAAAAUACUCGGACACAAGCGCACUGAGAGCUCAGAUAGCAAAGUGUCUCUUGGCCCCUUUUCUCUUCUGAGCCGCUCUAAACAAAACAUCCAGGAGCAGAAUAACCUCUGUAUCAACGGCAGCCACGUUUAUGCAGAGGAUCAAGAACCUAAAGCUAAUUUUGGCUCCACACUCAGUCUGAACAGCUCAGGAAAGGGUUCGGUGGAGGAUGUUCGCAAACACCACCAACGAAAUACUUCUGACAUGUCCAUUGACUCACUUAAAGGCUUUAGUAUCCCCUCAUAUAAGCCUGAAGUGCAAGACAAAGCCUCUCUUGUCCCACAGCGCCCUCUAGAGGAUAGGAGUCAUGUAAAGGUGGAGGAGAGGGGUAGGAAACCUGAAGGAAGAAGCCUGCAAGAGAUGCUGGACCAACAGGUAGACCAAGAGCAGAGGAGGCAGCAAGAACGAGAGAGAAAACAAGAGGAAGAGAGGAAAAGCAGGCUUGAAGAGCAGGAGAGGAAGUGCAAGGAAGAGGGAGAGCUGCAGAAGAAGCUGCGUGAGGAGGAGGAGCAGCAGCGGCAUCAGGAGGAGACCAGAGUAACCGAACGGCUCUCCUCUCUCUUUGGCAUUGGAAAGAAGAAGGAGGAGAAAAGAGAGGAAGCUGUGAAUGAACCCAAACGUCUAGAUGUGCCGUCCUCCACAAACCCGUUUGAAGACAUUCCCCUGACCCCAGAUACUCCAGCCUCUCUCCCAGAAGAGAGGUCCACGGACCCACGGAGGGGUGUCAGGACCAUCCUCAGCCCGACGCCAACCGCCAGUGCUUUCCCCAAUCGCACAGCAAAAGUGUCCGCGGUCAAGCCAAGAUUGGCUCUGAGUGUUCUGCCUGAAACCGAUAUUAGCCAUUCCCAAUCCCCCUCAGACUCUGUAGACACCCAGACCACUAUCCACGCUUCUCCACUUUCCCCAUCCCUCUCUACUGAUCCGUUUGAGUCUUUUGGUAUGUUUUCUGAUCUUCAUACUUCUCUGGCACCUGCUAAACCUCCGAGAACCUUCAGUGAGUCCAGCAUGGAAAACCUCUCAGCUCCCAAAUCUGACAAGAAGCGAAAGGCUCCUCUACCCCCCGGUUCGUCUAAGACUGAAAGCCAUCCAGAUUUUGGGGAACAAGCGCAUACCCAGAACUCCAAAGAUAGUCAGAGGCCAGAUCUUCCUCUCCCGGACUAUGAAACCCUCUUUCCUAAGAAGAGGCAUGGGGUGAUGGGUCAGACACGUUGGGACCAUCUUGUUGCAGAGGUAAACCAGAGAAACUGGGAUUUCUCUGAAGAGAUAAAUGUAGAUGGACCUGAGAGGCCGAUGCCAAAUAAAACUGCAGUCUUAAGGGACAGAACCUCAGUGAACCUUAACCAGCACCAAAGAAAUCACGAGGCACCUCCCCCGGCCCCCACGAGGCACAGAGAGGCACUCAUUCCACCCAAAGCUGCUGCUCCUGCAACACCAGAACCAUCGGUCGAGACUAAUGUCCAACAUGGUCAUAUCAAAGAGUCUUUAUAUGCUACUGUCAAUAAGUCUGGAAAAUCUGCUAACAAGAACUUGGAAAACAAUCCACCUCCCCCUGUCCGUAGUCGACAUGUGCCUCAGGAGAUGGAAAGGAAGUCUCCAACUCCUGAUGCCAUUACCCAUCAACUCCUCCAGUCAAAAGAGAAGCCUACGCCAGCAGCCAGAUCCAUACAAAAUGUUAAUUCAAAGACUGAUGAUGUGGCUAAAGAGAUGCCUUCAAUCAAACCCAGACAACAGUCAUUAGUCAAGGAUUCAGUCAGACAAGUCCAACCAGACAAGCAGGUAACAACUAAAGCCUUGACAUUAGAAAACAACAUAGAUGGGAAAACACACAAGGGCCAGAAGGGAAGCAUUUCCACGGAUGGGUUUGUUGAAGUAGACCUCCUCAGAACUGCUGAGAAUCCAAACGAACUGCAUCUGCAGACCAGUGAAGAUGGCCUGUUCACUAAGGGUCCAAAGCAAAUGGGAAAUCUUGAAGAUCAGACAUCAACCUUUAAUAAGAAAGAUAACAAGUCUGCAAACAAAGCUACAAAUGAUCCAUUCACAAAGCUCUCAGAGAAAAGCAUGGCACCGAAAUCAGAGCAUGGAAAACAAUCCCCCAGCUUCACUGAACAAGCCAGAGCUACAUUUCAAAGAAGUUUUUCACUUAAGAAGAAAAAUUCAUCUCGCCAAUACAUAACUGAAAAAGCUGGUACAGAGAAUACUAAUCUGAAUAGAUCAGUUUCUCAGUCUUCACAAGAUGCUGAAGAUGUUGAGCUGACUGUAACCAGUGUUGCUCCACCAAUCAGAACUGAUCCCACCGUAGUAACAUCUGAAUCCUCUAUAGGAGGCAAGAGUUCUCUUCGUGCUUGGGUCUCGCCAUCAGAGGCUCAGCCAGUUGCUCUGCAGAAUGGUAGUGGAAGUUCAGUUUCUAAUUCAAGAAGGCCUCACCCAGUGAAACCCAUGAGCACCGAGAGCCAGUCUUCCAGUGUUAUCUCUGUGGGCAAAGACCCAAAGUCUAUCACCAUCAAGGAAAUGGCUGGGAAGUCAAAGAAUGUAGAUAGCGGUGCAUACACUCAGCUCACACAGGAGGAACUGAUCACACUGGUGGUAAAGCAACAGACCGAACUCUCCAAGAAAAACGACAAGAUCGUCGAGUUGGAGGAAUACAUUGACAACCUGCUCGUUCGUGUCAUGGAGGAGAAACCGGCCAUCCUGCUUUCACUUAAUUCCAAAUGUUAGGGUUCUAAUAUUUUUGAUGUUAGAUCCUAUUAUUCGAUGUAACUGUGCCCAGAUCACAACACUGAGAAAAUUUAAUAUUGUGGGAUUUGGCUGAUACAGCCAGAAGGAUUUUGAACGCUCAUCUCAUAAUCAGUUUAUUUGCUUGAGUAUUUAAUGCGUGUAGAGUUACUGGCAUAAGUGCAUUGUGAUUUCACCACUAAUAUCUUAAAAAAAACUUAUUUUUACAGUGUGGGUUUGUAUAGUAUAUCAAAUCCAGCAGGAAAAUGCCAGAAUUCUGAAGUCUGUCAGAUCACACUUUAAUAAGUGGAUUGCUGGGGUAUUGUUUUUUUUUUUUUUUUUUUUUUUUUUUUUUUUUUUUUUGAUCAUGGUACAAGCUCCUCCUGAAAAGCUUCACAAAAACAAAUGCAUCAUUUUUUUUUUUUUUAACAUUUCCGUUUUCUAUGCAUCUUUGCAUUUGAGAGAGGGCUUCUUAAUGCAUAAAAUAAUACAGUCUUAAGCUUGUAUUUGAAGAUUUUUCUUCCUCCUGAAGUGAUUUAGAAUCUGACCGCUGCCUUGAUUCUUGAUCAGAAUGCUUCAUUAGUGUUGAUGCGGCCUUAUGUCUGUUGGGUCUCAAAUUAAGGUAAUAAACCUCUGGCUGUUUAGAAAUGAAGGCAAUAAGCACUUUUUAUUUGAACGGGGUGUUUAAUUUAUGAAGGAUAGUGUUUUUACAUUAAGCAAUUCUCUACAAUACCCUGUAGAAUUACCUCUGUAGAAAAGCCUGAAUGAAGGAUUAUUUUACUUGCCUGUAUGUACACUUCUGCACAUGGAAAGCUUCUGUUCUAACACUUCUUCUGAUGUGCUUACACUGGAUAUAUAAUUAAUUUCAUUGCCCUGGUCAAUAUUGACUGUAUAUUGGCAUUUUUUUCAGUUGAACUGGCAGUCAGCUGUUGAAUUAGCCAGAAUCUGCAUGUUUUAUGCUACAAGUCAAACUGCAUGUUUGUAGCGAUUUUGACCAGGGAUUAUUAAGCAUUCCUUGAAGACAGUCUUAAGAAAGCUUGAAAUCAACAUCUUGAGCACAAUGUACACACUGUGACAUUCUGCGGUUCUGUAAUGAACAAGCAAUAACUGUGUCUGCAGGAUUUUGUUUCCUGAAUUUCAGGUAAUGUGAUACUUUCAUCAAAUCAGGAACUUCUGCAAGGAAUCAUGUAACCUGUAGACGUCACUGUCUGCACAGUGUUGUUGAGAUCUUGUCUGUAGUGAAACCAAAGAUCUGUGAUGUAAAUCUGAAGUCUUACCUUACAGUACUCGAAUUCUGCUUCCCACUCCCUUUUCCAGUUUUUUUUUACUUCUUCUUCUUAUGUUUUAACCUUGUGGGGAGAGAAGUGUCCCUCUGACAAGGAUGGAGAAAAUAACUAAAGUCUUGUAUUUAUUUGUUUGUCAUUAAUCUUAAGUUGAUUCAGUUGUCAGUCUCAGUUUUCUGUGUUGCAGUUAUAUAUGCACUCAUGAGAACCUUCAUCUGUUGUGUUCAUUCAAGUGUUGUCAAUCCGUUUGAGUGAGUUCACUAAACUAUUCACAGCAUUUUCACGGUUACCAGACUCUGCACACUCUAAUCCUUUAUGUCUGAAUUUGAAUGAGAAGCCUUAUUAAUUAUUGCUGAUGCUAUGCAUAUAUGCACAAGAUCUUUUCUCAAGACCUGUGCCUUCUCUUUUUAUUCAAGGUUCUAUGUUUUUAAGACAUGAAUAUAUUGGUUUGUUCCUUUACUUCAAUACUUGCAGAAAUGUAAUUUUGAUUAUGCCUUAAUUCAACGAAUAAAACUUAGCUGAACCCAUAAA